CCAUGUUAUGCUAGAUUUAUACUUCGCGGCUGGCAGUCAGUUUUGAACAAGAGUAGUUCCUGCCGUUGGGAGAGGUAGGAGGGUUGCAGGCUUCCACGCCGGAACCCGGCAAGAUCCGACGCCAUGGCAGCCGCCCUAGGAGGAGCAGAUGAUGACUUUGAUCAUCAUAAGCCUGGUGCAGAAAGGUCUUGGAGAAGGAGAACUGGAGAUGACGAUUGGGAUAGUGAAUUAGAUGAUGACUUACUAGGAGAAGAUAUGUUGACUGGCAAAAAGACUCAGUCAGAUAUGUCAGAUGAAGAACUGAAUGAUGAUCUUCUGCAAAGCGAUAAUGAAGAGGAUCAACAUUACAGUACUCAAGGUGUCACUGUGAGUCUUAAUGCUGCAUCUAGCAUGGUUACAUCAUUUGAGCUCUCAGUGAAUGCUAAUGACCCAUCUAUUGAACAAGACUCAGAGUAUGAACAUGGAGAAGAUGAAAUUGGUUAUGACAAAUCAGAUGUUCCUGAAGAAUAUGCAGAGGAGUAUUCAGAAGGACAAUAUGAAGGCCAAGAGACUGAGUUGACAGAAGACCAAAUAGGCUAUGGUGAAGAUCAGGGUGAAGAAGACAAUUAUAAUGAUGAAGUGCUGGAUCUUGAAAUCAAUGAACCUCUAGAUGAAUUUCCAGAUGAAGGAUUUUUGCAGUCUUACAGUGAACAGCAAGUAAUCAAACAAGCAUAUGAAGCUGAAGAAGAAUUAGAAGAAGUUGUUGAUACCCAGACACCUCCAAAUGAGUCAGAAGAGGCAGUUAUUGAAAAUCUGGAAUUUCAGGAAGAGACAAAAGAAGAAUCAGAUGAGGAGGAGGAAGAUGAUGAAGAGUCUGGUCGGUUACGUUUCAAAACUGAACGGAAAGAAGGGACAAUUAUUAGGCUAUCAGAUGUAACAAGGGAGCGAAGAAACAUUCCAGAAACUUUGGAACUUUCUGCAGAAGCCAAAGCAGCAUUACUUGAAUUUGAAGAGCGGGAAAGACAGCUAAAACAAGGGCGGUAUGGCUCCCGAAGAGGAGGAAGACGAGGAGGGUCAUUAAUGUGUCAUGGGCUGGGAGAACAAAGAAGAGACAGCAAUGAAAGGGGAAGAAUUGAGGAUCACAGGCCUGCUUUACUACCAACGCAGACAGCUGUUAUGACACAUUCAGAAAGGAUAUUUCAUCAUCAACAACCCAUUAGGAAUCUUUUCCAGCAGCGGCAGCAGCAGCAACAACCACAGCAGCAGCAACAACAGCCACAAGGUCUACUCCCUGUCCCCACUCAGCAUCAUAUACCACCCCCUCCCUCUCAAGGAAUUCAUAUGCCAUCCCAAGUAGAAACCCCAAGAAUACUGAUGACUCCUCCUUCAGUGGCAUCCCAGCAGCCAAAAAACAUACACAUAAAUCCACACUUCAAAGGAACUGUAGUAACACCUGUUCAAGUGCCUUUGCUGCCAGUCCCAACCCAGCCAAGACCUGCUGUAGGACCCCAGAGAUUUGCUGGCCCUCCAGAUUUUCAACAAAACCCUCCUGAACCUGUUCCUACCAAUUUCAACCAGGCCCCACGACUUUCCCUCCAAGACCAGUGGCGAGGGCCACCGCCCCCUCUUCCGCCCCCACCUCCGCAGGAGAGAGAACCUUUCUUCAUGGGAGAGCUGAGAUUUCCCAGCCAUCACUUGUUUGAGCAGCGGAGCCCCCCUCCACAGCUGCCCUCCCUUCUUAACAGUAUGCAUCCUGUGCCCAGCCAAAACCCACUCCCAUUCAGCCAGCCUGGACCAGGUUUCAGCCAGCAGGGGCAGCAACCAAUGUUUCCAAGAGAAAGGCUGGUAAGGCCAAAUCUGCAGCCUCAGGGCCCUAUGGGAAUCCUUCACUUCAGCCAGCCUGGAGCAGCCAAUGCACGGCCUUUUCUUCCCCCAAGGCAGUCCUUCCUGCAGGUACCAGGGCAGCCGUUCUUAACCCCUCUCACCCAAGCCGGCAUGCAGUCAGGGAACAAGUCUGACCUCACAACUGCCAUGUUUUCAAAUGUACAGGGUCAUUUGCACCCUCCUAUGCAUCCACAGCAUCCACAGCCACCACCACAACAACAUCCACAGACGUCCCAGCAGCACCCCCAACCACCCCAGCCUCACCACCAGACGCACCAGUCCCACCACCACCAUCACCUUCUGCCUGUGCCUCCCCAGCCUCUGAUUCCGGUGGCCCCAUCCCAGUUCAGGCUGCACCUGCAGACUUCACAGCAACAGCCGAGUGGCAACUGGAUGCAGUGCCAGCAACGGCAAGGUCUGGUAAAGGCCAGGCAUAACACACCAACGCAAAUCAUUGUAAAACGUCCAAACCAGCAGCUGCAGUCAUCUACCCCAAGGAAUAGUAAUUUGCGUGAAUUGCCAAUAGCACCUUUGCAUUCUAUUGAGGCUGCUAACAACCAACUAACUUCAGCUCCUGCUGCUCAAGUGAAACCUAUUACUAGUACAACACCUGUUACAAGGCCUGUUACAGGUGUCAAGAAGCAACUGGGAAGGACCGAGACCAAGCCUAGAGCAGUUAUGCCCAUGACUCAACCUAAAAUGGAGGUCCAGUCUGAACCAGAGUUUCCUGAUGAUGAUGAAGAAACCAGACUGUACUGUUUGAAGAUCGAGGAACAGAAACGCCUCAGGGAAGAGAUCUUGAAACAAAAGGAGCUCAGGCGGCAGCUUCAAGCUGGGGCCCGAAAAAGAGAAUUGCUUGAAAGGCUGGCACAGCAACAACAAGGUUCUUCAGGCCAACAACAGGAGGAAGACCCUUCACAGCUGCCCACUAAUGGAAAUCCAUUGCUUUCCCUUCCUGGUGCACAGCCCCGCCAAAAUGUGAAAUGCAGGCUAAUGGUUAAAAAACAAGAGCCAGUCAUUCCAGGUUCCACAGCUGUUCAGCUUAAGCCUGUAAAUGUUCUCCAAUCUGGAGACAGUGUGCAAUGUCAAGGACAGCAAAUAAAAACUAUAAAGCAGCUAAGGCAGGCUAGGACAAUGCCCAAAAACAAGUUCCAGCUACCCAAUAAAGCUUUGCAAACAAAGCUUCCUGCUGCUGUGCACUUGAACCUGUCCGAGAUUGCUCGGGUGGCAUCGGUGCAAGGCCAGCCUCAAGAGCUGAAGCCUGGGCUGAAAAGAACUGUGAUGCAGCGGGCAAACAAUGGGAGUGGCGAUGGAACCCAUAUUGGCACCAAAGUCAGGGUGAUAAAAUUGUCAGGAGGGGGUAUUCUGCAUGGGAGAGGCAGGGGGAUCACAGGCCAGAUGGGCCAAGGCCGCUUGAUGGCAAGUAAACCAAAUCUGCGUGUGGUAGAGUGCAAACCUCAGCCCUGCAUCGUGUCAGUGGAAGGGCUUUCUUCAUCCACUACGGAUAUUCAGCUGAAAAAUCUGCUCAUGUCAGUAGGACCCAUUCAGAGUUUACAGAUGUUGCCUCAACAACGAAAGGCCAUUGCAAAAUUUAAAGAGCCUGCUGAUGCUUUAAAAUUUCAACAGAAAUUUCACAGGCACAUGAUAGAUCUCUCCCAUAUCAAUGUGGCACUGAUAGUGGAUUGACCCACUGAGCAUACGUUGUCUUACAAUAAAGCAAGUUAUGGAGGAAGUCAGAAGGGUAGAAUCUUCCUGUAAUUUCUGGUGCCAGCUUUGCAGACUCCUCCUGAAACUUCAAAUUAUUUUGUGACAGCUGCUGACAGCAACAACCUUGCUACAAAUGAAGUUUGAUUUCAAGAUUGAAAAAUAUCUGUAUUGAACAUAACUACAGAUCUCAUGUAUGAAUCUCAUGUAUGAGUACACGGAUGUUUUCAGGCAAUUACUAUGUGAUCACAAUGACUUGGAACAAAAGAACAUUGACUCUUGAAAAGUUUUUUAUGUUUUUUCUUAGAAAAGAAUAUUUGAUAAUCGUUGCCCUUAUCUUCAGUUUGAGGUGUUGAAAUCAGAAUACACCCAUAAUCUACUGUUUGUAGCUAAGAGUAUAGAU